AUGUUCACGCCGCGGCUUGCUCAGAUCUCCACUACAAACGUCGGGCGACGCUUCGCUCGAGGGAACAGAGUCCAGAAGCCGGAGACAGCCCGGAGGAGGCCCCGACCCACCCCCGAGGCCCCUUUCGGGCUCGCCACCAGCCACACGGCAGCGCUCGGCGUGCGGCCACAGCCUGCCCGCGCCCCCAGCCCUCCUCGCUCCCCAUCCAGCACCGGCCCCGGCCCCGCGCAGCCCCCGCCCGCCCUCGCAGGGUCCCGCCGCUGCCCGCGCCCAUCCCGCGGUCGGCGCCUCGGCCGCCGCUCGCCCCCGAGCCGCGGCGGGGGAGAGAAAGGCGGCCGCCGCUUCCGCGCCGCGGGAGUCCUUCCCUGCUCCCCGGCCGCGGCUCAGGCCGCCCCGGAGGUGCGGAGCAAGCCCGGCCCGCGCACCGUCCCCGCCCUCCAGGCCCGGCCUGCCCCGCACCAUCGUGCCCCGCCGGCGGGCAGGGGGCGAGCGGCGGCCGCAGGGAGCGGCGGGCACUCGGUGGCGGGCACUCGGUACCUGGCGCUCGCUGCGCUCCCGCCGCGCUCAGCGCCCGCCGGAGCCCGGCCGCGCCCCGCCCCCGCGCCACCGGCGCGCCCGGCGCGUCACUUCCCGCCGCCAGCGGGACAAGAGCUUCGCAGGGAGGAACCCUCGGAAAUCAAACCAGGGCGAGUGCAGGGUCCUGCAUCUGGAGAGGCGUGA